UUAUUGUUCAGUCCUUGGAACUCGAUUGGGUGGUGGAUAUCUCUUCCAUGGCCGGAGGUGAGAUACACCGGGGUGAGAUCUACCGGCUCUGGCUCUGGUGGAGGCGUCGGUGGGGAGCGGAGAGACGACGCGCCACCGUCAUCUGGCUCCUCGCCGCCGCCUUCGUCGUACUCCUCCUCGCCGCUGGCUCCCGGGUCGGCGACAAUGCUCUCAGCGAACCGGCGGUGCAUCCGUCCUCGGCUCCAGCUCUCGUCGAGCUCACCCUAGUUCACGACGCCGAGGCGAAGGGUGCAUUAUGCUUGGAUGGGAGCCCGGCCGCGUACCAUCUCACAAAAGGUUUCGGCUCUGGGUCAGACAAAUGGAUCGUGCACUUGGAGGGUGGAGGUUGGUGCCUAUCUUUGGAUUCUUGCUCUUAUAGGAAAUCUACACUAUUAGGUUCAUCAAACUACAUGGAACGCCAGAUUUCCUUUGUUGGCAUUCUGAGUAGCAUCCCAUCACAAAAUCCUGAUUUUUAUAACUGGAACAAAGUCAAGGUACGGUAUUGCGAUGGUGCAUCAUUUUCUGGGUAUAGAGAAAGUGAGGUGCAGAAUGGAACAAUACUUUUCUUUAGAGGCCAACGUAUAUGGGAAGCAAUAAUGGGUGAACUCUUACAGAAAGGACUUGCAAAUUCCAAACAGGCUCUCCUCACAGGAUGUUCUGCUGGCGGUCUUGCUACUUUCAUUCAUUGUGAUGAUUUUCGUGCCCUUCUUCCUAAUGUGGCUACUGUCAAAUGUUUUGCAGAUGCUGGUUUUUUCCUCAAUGAGAAGGAUAUAUCUGGGAAAAGGUUCAUUCAGUCACUCUAUAGUGAUGUGGUCCAACUUCAGGAUGUAGGAAAUAAAUUUCCAGACUGCGUCUCUAGGAUGGAACCAUCUCAGUGUUUCUUCGCAGAAGAGAUUAUUAAGAGUGUGACGACACCAUUUUUCAUCCUCAACGCAGCAUAUGACUUCUGGCAGAUUCGAUACAUCUUGGUGCCAGCUGAAUCAGAUCCUGAAAAAGCAUGGCUAAGAUGCAAGCAGAGUAUUCAACAUUGUGAUUCCAACCAGCUACAAACCCUGCAAGGAUUUAGGAAUGCCAUGCUUAGUUCCUUGAGUGAGUUCAAGCAGAAGAAGAAUGGAGGAAUGUUUAUUGAUUCCUGCUUUGCCCACUGUCAAUCUAUCGACGGUUAUACAUGGCAUUCGCCAAAUUCUCCACGCAUUAACAAUAAGACAAUCGCUGAGGCUGUCGGAGACUGGUUCUUCGAUCGUAAAGAAACCAAAGAAAUCGACUGCCCGUAUCCCUGCAAUCCUACAUGUUACAAUGUGGAUCUUUCUCAACUUUCCAGUAUUCAGCAGUCUGACCGAAGCUCUGCAGGAUCAAAUUAGUGAGAUUUACGAAUCCUGUCAGGGGCGUUACGAAAAAGUAAACCAUACGGCAACAUGUUGCAUUUAAAUUCACGGGCUCAAAAUCAGUGUGGGCCCUCCUCCCAACCUUAUCAAUAACUACUCAUAACCUACCCAACUGCACUCCGGCUCUACUCAACUACCUGGAUUUCCACUGGGACCCUAUUAGGUCACCCAAUACUCGGCCAGGUAAUCGCCGACCGACAUUGGAAAAUUGCAACAGGCAGAUCGUGGCCAUGCAUCUGAUGACCUCUCUCAUCCUUAAUGGUGGCAUGCUGCAGUCUUGGAGCGGAGACGGAGGACGUCUCUCUCUCUUUGUGGCUGCGGCAAACUGGCAAUGGAGUUUGAAGGGAAGCCUCCUCGCUCUCUCCCCCUUUCCACCGAGUACGGAGCCAUGGGGGAGGAUUCUGGCAACGCUGCUCAUGGACAGGGGACACAUUAAUGUCUGCUUGUACUCCGCAGUGAUCCAACAAACCGAGG